AGGGAAUGGUGUGUUGGAGUCGUUUUUAUAACUCCUGCUUGACUGUAUCAAGUUCACGUUGAUACGCUGCCGCAGAACUUCCGCAGACUUCAGGAACUUUACACUUGGCUGACUGUGAAACUGGUAAACACAAAGUUGGAUUCUGCAAUAAAGUUAUUACGAUAUUUCAGAUAGUGAUAGCUACAAUUUCAUUAUCGUCUGGUGCAGCGGGGGGUGUACUGUAAGUUCAGUUCUUGUUAGGUUAAUUUUAUUAGAUAUCAUUUUAGUCUGAAGUUAUUUUGUUUUAUUCUGGCUUUUUGUGUAGAUUGCGCAGUCAUCCGAGCGAUGUGGUCGCACUAGGCCGUAUUCAGAUCAGGGAUGUGUUCUCUGAAGUACGACUGCAUACGACAUUUAACGACUGUUCAAGUACAUUCUUCAUCUAAAUCAGCCUUCUGUCCUGGAAAAGUAAAUCUUCCACUAUUUUACUUGAGCUGUUUCUUGAGAUAGCCAUGAGAUCAAGACAAAGAGGAGUGAAUCUGGGCUUUCUUCUGCUCAUUUCCCAGCUCUUUCGAGUAGGACCCAGUAAUGUCCCCCCUGUAACUCUUGCUACUAUAGGGCUAAACAUUUACCUUUUCCUGGCCCCUCAAAAGCAGUUGCUGGACGUGUGCAUCAGUGUACAGAAUGCCUAUAUCUACAAGGAUUGGACCCGUCUGAUCUUCUCCCCCUUUUACCAUGCUGAUGACUGGCAUCUAUACUUUAACAUGGUGUCUUUGCUAUGGAAAGGGAUAAAGCUAGAGAGGAGACUUGGCAGUCCAUGGUUUGCCUACAUCAUUGGAGUUUUUUCUCUGCUGACUGGUGUUGUAUACAUCAUAUUGGAAAUGGUGUUAACUGAAUUUACAAAGGAUCCAUCGUACAUUAGGCAGUGUGCAGUGGGUUUCUCAGGUGUCUUAUUUGCCUUGAAGGUGAUAAACAACCAUUAUUUCCCAGGGGGUGUUGCACAUGUGUUUGGAUUCCCAGUUGCCAAUAAGUAUGCCUGCUGGGUUGAGCUUGUAGCUAUUCAUUUGGUUUCACCCGGGACUUCUUUUGUUGGGCAUCUGGCAGGCAUUGUUGUUGGACUGCUGUACACCAAAGGGCCUCUGAAGAAGAUAAUGAAAAUAUGUGCAGGAGUUGUGUCUUCUGAUGGCGGUUAUUCAAGAGGUUCAUACUUCAGUUAUACAGGAUACAGUGGAUUGAGAAGUUCACCAAGAAGAUCUAAUGCAUAUAACUCAUACACCCCGUUCAACCAGUACAGUCCAAACAACACUUACAGCGCCAGCAAUGAGGCCCCUGGGUAUGAACCAUACACAGGAGGGCUGUCUGAAGAAGAGCAGUAUCAAGCGGCCAUCAGGGCCAGCCUGAAUGAUCAAGGUAGUGGACAUGCUCAGAGAAGACCAAAUUAUGGAUUUAACAUUCCAACGGGACCUCUGACCCAGGAAGAGAUAAGACAGCGAAGACUCAACCGCUUUGAGGGAUAAGGCGUGGGACCCUCAGCUGUUAGAGAGCCAUGCUGUCUUUACAGGGCUAAAUUGUAAAAUGCAAUGUGUGACUGAGCUACAAAAAGCACGACCUGGAUAGGCAUGCUGAUUUGCAGGCUUGAUUUGGGGAUUUUUUCUGUUCAGUUUCAAAGAAAAUCAUUUUUACCCAAAUGGCUUGGUACGGGUAUUUUGAUCCAACACCUGCAGCAACUCCACAGCUUACAUUCCAGCAUGUAUGGAAGGGUUUGUGGGUCACUGGCAAUAAAGAAGAGCGAUUGCUCUGGGUAUGUAGGGGCUAGAUCUCAUGCAUCUGAUCUCAUGCCAGACAACUGCUUGCUGAUUUGCUGGACAGGCACCUUUGUACAGUACAGUAUAUGCAUGGUGGUGAUGGGUACUGACAUUUUUUUUAUCAUGCUGACAAUUUGUGGCUGGUCUUGGAAUUUGUCCUGUUUACAUACUUGUGUAAAAUACUUCACCUGCCUUUUUGGUUGUGAUAGUAAUUGUUAAGACAAUGUGGCAUUUCCUUGACAGUACGAAACAAGACAUUGUUUACAUUAUGUCUACUGUCAGCAUGUUGUAAGAAAGAUCAGGGUCUACACAUUGUUGACAGUGUAGAGUGGACUAACUAGACCUCUCAUUAGCUUGCAAUUCUACAUUUUCUGUGUUUUUAGUUUUAGUCUAGAUGUUAUUUUUACUUUCGCUCUUGCGAAGUCCAUUUGUCAUGUUACCGAAGACAGAUUCACACAUUGUACAUUCACUUCCCGUGUAGCAGUCAGCUGUCUGCAUUAAAUUCAGUUCUUAAUACCUGCUGCACAGGAAACUGAUCUAUAUUGUGUAACUGGGUAGCUAUCUGGAAAACUUAAAUAAGGGACUUGCAAGAAAGUUGUGUUUAAGUCUGAAUUUUCCUUUUAGAACUUUAUUACUUUCAUGCUUUGUACUCCCAGUAUUGAUCCACAGUACCCAUUCUUCAACAGACCUUUUAUAUUUGCACUAUAUAUAUAUAUAUAUAUAUAUAUAUAUAUAUAUAUAUAUAUAUAUAUAUAUAUAUAUAUAUAUGCUUGUAUUCUCUUCCCUGUAAUGUAGCAGUGUGGUGGUGUUUUGUGUUUUUUUGGUUUUUUUUUACCAAACAUCUAUAUUAUUGAGAACUUUGUAUACAAGUUUCUUUAUAUGUGCUUUUUGUACCCGUUUGCAAUACUGUGACAGGGUACUCCCCGCCCCUGUGCAUAUUUUAUGUUUUGUGUUAUUUUGUAUUCGUUGUAUUAUUAUUAUUAUUCAAAUAUGCUGUUUUGUGUUUAUUUAAAAAACACACCAUUUUAUUGUUAUUGUUUGACAGCCUGGAUGGGGUCAAAAUGCCCCAUUGUCUGUAAAAGAAAAACGGCCAAUGAUUGAACGGGAACAGAUACUGAACUGCUUGAGUCAUGCUUAAGGCCUAAUGUUGUGAAGCUCACAUUGGCACUGCAUGAACUAUCACUACUCAAUGGAUAAACAGAGCUUCCAGUGCUGUCAACCCAGCCCCAUUCCAAAGGACCGGAAGUUGUUCUUUCUUUUCUCAAUUAAAAAGGAAAACAAAACAAAUAAAAAUUACUUUGUGGAGUCUCAAGCAAUACAGUAUCUUUUACCAUUAACAUUUAUAGUACAUCCCCUUUAUAAGACUACCCAUUACACUGCAGACCAGCUACAAGGUACUUUCCUUAUCAUGAUAAGGUGGAAGACAAAUAACUCAGCAUUGUAACUACAGCUCCCAACUAUAGCUUUAUAAAGGGGACACACUGUAUGUUUUUUAAAUGUAUUUUUCAAUACUAAAAAAAAUAUAGCUACUUUAAUUCUGAUGGUCAUUUGAAAACGUUUAUAGAAUCCUCUAACAGCAGAGGAACACAGCACUUACCAAUUUGAUUACACUCCUGUGGGAAGAAAAUUAACAACACAAAGCCAAUUUCUCCAUAUUUCUUCAUUAUAUUUCAAUCACAGGAAUGUUAUCCAAGUAACACCUAAAUCUUGUUCUGUGCUCAGAGUUACUUUUCAUAAUGAAGCACCAUUUGGCUUUCAGACCUUCAUAAACACUUGACAUCUGCUGACUUGCAGUCUUUUCUGAUGUUCUUCCUUGAGCGUUUCUGACCCGAUCAUCACUGCUCCUCAUUUAAACGUGAAAAUUAUGCUUGAUCCAGACUAGAGCAAAUAUAAUAACUCAUUAACAUGCACCACUGCUCUAAAUACAGAAUUAGAGCCAUCAGUAUCAAGUAGUACAAUGCUAUGACUUACAUGCACCAAAAUGUAAAAAGAUUCUGAUGUUGCCAAGCUAUUGAACCCUGGAGGAGCCACUUCAGCUUAUCUGGUCUGCCAAGCAGUUAAGUACGUGAAUAUGCCGUGUGUAGGGCGAGAGGACUGUGUAAAAUGACGUCUCUUACACAGUAAGACAUCCUACACAUGACGUGUUCACUUAUUACACGACGUAUUAACUUAUUAUAAAUCGCACAAAUUAAGACUGCUCUUUAAAGGAAUAGAUUUAAAACCAAAAAAAAAACUAUUUUAAUUUUUGUAAAACAUCAUUUUUAAGGUCGGUUAUUAAUGACUGCACUUUCAUUCACAGUACCAGCCAACUUCCAAGCUUCUAAUUACGUAUUAAAUACAUUUCCUGACAGAAAUGUUUGCCUUGGCUGCAAAAAGAAAUGACAAGAUAAAAAAUGUACAGUACUUUUUAUUUAAUAAUUCAAAGAUUGAGGCAACAAUUUUGGGAAAGGAAAACCAUGUAUUUAAGUGGCUGGAUUAAAUUUAUUGCCUUACCCCCAAAGUAUUAUUAACUGACACUAAAAGCAUGACAAUGAAUACAUUGCAUUCAAAAGGCAGUGCAAUUUCUAUUAUAUUUUUUUUUUUUACAAAAUUAAAAUGUACUUACCAAGAUCUUGGUUAUGCGCUUUUUCUUGCCCUUCAAAAUACAAUAAACUGUACCCAGACCAAAGCUGUGUCAUGUCCUGUGGACAGACAGGGACAGCCGUUGACUGGCUAUGCAUAACCAGCAGGAACCCAGGGCUAUAUUUCCCAUCAUUAUUGAACCAGGAGAACCAGGCUCUCCCUUUGCACCUGAGAUACAAACAAACUAAUAUUGAGCAAAUAGCUUACACAAUUAAUAGGUUUUAUAAAAGUACAUAAGGGAACUGCUGUAUGAAAUAUGAAUGAAACAGAAAGAGCUUUGCUAACAGGUGCAAACAAAUCCAAACACAUGAAAACUGCCACAGAAUCUGGGUAGUAAAUUGAAGUAGCAGAUAGUUUACCACGUGGUGCAUUCUUCAGUUAAUUGAGCUAAUUUUGUAUAAAAACCCAUACACAGAGCCUUACCAAUGUGAGGAAAUUUAGUUAGCUACAGUAUUUAAUACUAUACUUAGUAUUUUAUACUUUGGCAAGUAUGCACACAGUAUAAACCUGUCAUAAAUGUUUUACUUUGCACAGCUUAGCCUUCAACCCAUCAUAGGUUGAGGAGGUCCACAAGCACAAUAUCCUGGCUAUCCUGUUCAGGGUGGCAGGAAAGCAAUGUUAGGUUCAGCUUGAAAUACAUUUUAAAUUUAACUAGAAACUGCCCAUACAGUAUGUGAUCAGAACACACAGUUUAUGUUUACUUUUGAGGGGAGUAUUUUUUAAAACCAUAUGUCAAAGCUAUACCAAUAUCUUUUGAAGCUGUUCUGUUCAGUGUUGUUGUAGAACUAUCCCAGAAACAAACAACUUGCACAUACAAUUUCUACAAGAUGUUACAUCUUGUAAUUGUAACUCUGACCUAAAUAAACCCAUCUAUGCUUAAUCCUUA